UGACAAAAGUACGUUGAAGAAUGAAGAAGUGGGGAUUUUAAAGUGCGUUGUAAAUGUUGUGAGAUUGUUUUAUUAUGAAUACAAAAAUAACAAAGAAGAAGAAUACAGAUUGUAUUCUAAUAAAAUAUCAAUAAAAGAAAUUUACGCUAAAUUAAAAUUAUGUAGUUUUUUCAUCAGAAAAUUGUGAUAAUGGAUGGCAGCCGUUGUAGCAGCAAUAAUAAAAUAAUUAGAAAUUCCUCAAUAACAAAAUAAGGGAGAAGAAGUAAACGAAAAUAACAAUCAAAGGAUAGAAGACAAAUUCUAUUAUUUUUUGUUGGUGUCAGUAGUUUUAAAAGUAGUUUUUAAAACUUUAUUAACUGUAUAAAAUUAAUAAAGAUUUUAAAAAACACUAUCUAUAUAUCUUUGUGUAUAUAAUUUUUGCAAAGAUAACCUUAAGAAAAUACGUCCAACUAUGGUCUCUACACGUCAAAUGGCCACCAGCGGUGUUAGCAGUGGUGGUGGCGGAGGCGUUGCCAGUGGCGGUGGUACAACAAAUUCCAUCUUACAUAGCUCCUCUUCUGCUUAUGCAUCAGAGGAUUCAAACACUCUACGUCCCUCAGUGGUUACCAGACAAUCCAAUACAACAAGUGUCGUUAACACUAUGCCUUCAUCAUCAGCUACAACUGCUCUAAUAACAACAGCAGCAGCUGGGUCAGCCGCCUCACCAGCAUUUACAACUAGUUGUGUACGACAAACGCAGGCGUUUAAAACUUAUGGGAUUGUUUCAAUUUCUUCAGCAACUGGUUGUAAUCAACAGCAAAGGCCUGUUAUUAAUUUAUUAGAUUUGCCCGAGGAGCUAUUGUCCAAUAUAUUGUCAUAUAUUGGCUAUAAAAAAAUUGGCCAACUGCGUGUGGUUUCCCAUAAAAUGAAUGAUGUUUGUAUGCAUAUUCUAAAUUCCACCUUUUCCAAGUUGAUUACAAAAACCUAUAAUCGCUUUCAAGCCAUAAAGGCCAAUAUGCCACGGCGUGAGUCGGCCAGACGUAAUCAUCCGCUUGCUUGCGAGUGUGAUAUUAUAGAGACAUGUUACAUGCGCUUGUCGCUGCUACAAAUGACAUUUGGCAAACAUAUCGAACGUGGGCAUUGUUGUUUCUUUCCGGGAGCGAUAUUAGAUGAGGUAUAUACUAUAUUAAAUUAUAUUAAAAAUACCCCUUGCCUGGAGAGACCCUACCGUGUUACCGAUGAGCUAUUCGAUUUAUCAACAAUGGCCAUGGAAUAUUUUCGAGAUCGCAUAGAGUCGACUCUGCCUGGUAUUGCCUAUUUUAAUAAGGAUUUCUUUAAACUACCCACUACAACGAAAAGACCUUUAGUUAUAGCUUCUGAUUUAUCGGAUAGCCCUGCUAGUUUACCUUCACCGCCUCAAAGUAAUAUGGUUUUACGCAAAGGCAUACGCAAAAUCAAACAGGGCAUGAAAAUCUACAAUAAUCAAUUAUCUGUUUUACGCAAUGAGCUGCGCACUUGCAAACGCAAAUCGGUGGAGCAGGGCAAACAAAUAGCCGAACAGCAAAAGUUAUUGGCCGAACAGCGCAAACAGACCCUAGAGUAUGCCAAUCGUUUGGAUGAGAACGAUAAAAAGAAUGAGGAAAUGUCUAGGAAAUUUUCGACAUUAUUGCAGGAACUCAACAAAUGUAAAACUGAAUUACAAUAUUGGCGCUCCAAAAGUCCGGCCAUACCGACAUGCACCUCGUGCGGUCACAAAGUAACACCAAUUUUACCGCCCGAAGACUAUCAGGCUCUGAUAAAUCAGGGCGUUAAACCUGAAGACAUUAUACUUAAUUUAAACGAUGACACGGAUGCUGAAAGUGAUGUCAGCAUGAACGAUAGUGGCUGUAAUAAUUUAAGCAAUGAAUUUGUGUUUCCCGAUGAGGCAACCACCGCCAAACUGUUGGCUGUCAAUACGGCUGCGAAAAAUUUGAAACGUCAACAUACAACAACGUCCAAUAUACAUAAUAAUAGUAAUACAACAACAACAAAUUUAUCACAAAACAACGAAACAACAACAGAGUUAACAGCAUAUUACGAUUUGAAUGAGGCUUCAACCAGUUCAAGUGCUUUUAUAGCAACCGCUGGCUAUUCAACAAGAUUAUUUUAUGGUUCAAUGAAUCCAACAAUAGCAGCAAACACAACAACACUGGCAACACAUAAAAGUGUUAUUGUAUCACCACAAUCUUUACUUAAACGUAUUGUAAAUAAUGGUGAACAUCAUCUAGAACAACAGCAACAUACUGCCUCUAAUGGUAACGGUGUAAGCAAUGAUCUUGCUGUAUCAGUGUUAAAUAGUAAUGAAGGAUUGUUGAGUGGUAAUGUUGUUAGUGGUGUUGUUACUGCUAGUGAUGUUUGUUCAAUUAAUAAUAACUCCUCGGGAAUUGAGGAUGUUAACAAUCUACAGGCCAUUUCAUCGCAUGAAACCAAGAAAGCACGUAGAGUACAAAAAACUACUAGAUGUUUAACUAACUCUAGUAAUAAACGUAAAUAAUAAACAAAAUCAACAAUAUAAACAAAUAACAAUUUUUCAAAUUUCAAAAAAACAAAACAAUACAAAAAAAAAUCACUAAAGUUUUAAGAAUUUUCCCAAAUGUCCCUUAACCCAUUUUCCCUUACUUUGUCCCCACUAAUUUUAGACCACAACCAAUAUAUUAUAUAGUAUAUUAAUAUAUAAAUUAGUAAUAAUAAAUUUCUAAUACUUAAUUAUAAUAUUAAAUAUAUUUGAGAGAUAGAUACUAAAAUAAAAUAAUUACAAACAAAUAAACAAACACAAAAUGUAAUUGAAAAAUAAAAAAAAAAAACAA